CAGAAGUCUAACUUCGAAGUUAACACAACAAUCCCAAGCAAAAUGAUGAAAUUCUUCGCUGUCGUCCUUUGCGCUCUGUUCGCCGCCGCUGCUGCCAGUCCCGGUUUGUUGGCCUACAACGCUCCUUUGGCUUACUCCACCCCGCUGGCCUACAGCUCCCUCCCUGCUGCCGCCCCCCUCACCUACACCGCCGCCUACACCUCUGCCUACGCCCCCUACGUGGCUCCCUACGCCAGCAGCUUCUCUGCCCACAGUGUGGCCCACAGCGCCGCCAUCCCCGCCGUUUAUGCCGCCGCCCCCGUGGCCACCAUCCUGAAGAAGUGAGAGGUCCUGGCGGCACAAGGGAUCCUGCCAGCGAUGCUGCACGUGUCUCCCAGCCGAAGAUAGCAGAUACAGGCUAGAGAUACAGAUACAGAUACAGAAGCAAGCGCAGAUGGAGAUACACGCUCGCAGGCAAACACAAAUAAAAACGCAUUGCAUCAGGCCCACGCACUGACUAACUCAGAAGAGAAAAGGAAAACGAGUUUUAUUCUU